AUGGCUGAAACAAAUCCAGAAGUUGAUAUCAGUGAAUUAGCUGAAUACGAAGAAAGUGAUGAAGAAGUUCAAAACGAUGCCGGUGAUGCCAAAAAAAAUAUUUCAGCAAAAGAUACCCACGUUGCUAUGCACAGUAGUGGUUUCCGUGAAUUCCUCUUAAAACCAGAAUUAGAAAGAGUUAUUGGUGAUUGUGGUUUUGAACAUCCAUCAGAAGUACAAAAUGAAUGUAUCCCACAAGCUAUUUUAGGUUCCGAUUUAAUUUGCCAAGCUAAAUCUGGUAUGGGUAAAACUGCUGUCUUUGUCAUUUCAACUUUACAACAACUCGAUAAUAACCCAUCCGGUGUCACCACUUUAGUUUUAUGUCACACUAGAGAACUUGCCUAUCAAAUUUGUGAUGAAUACGACCGUUUCACUAAAUAUUUACCAAACAUCAAAACCGCUGUUAUCUAUGGUGGUAUCCCAGUCCAAACUCAUAAAGAUUUACUCAAAGAAAAGAAACCAAAUAUUGUCAUUGGUACUCCAGGUCGUAUUUUACAACUAGCCAAAGAAGGUGCUCUCUCACUUAAAGAAAUUAAACAAUUUGUCCUCGAUGAAUGCGACAGUUUACUCGAAUCAUUAGACAUGAGAAAAGAUGUACAAAUGAUCUUCAAACUCAUCCCACCAAACAAACAAGUUAUGAUGUUCUCUGCUACUCUCUCUGAUACAGUUCGUCCAGUUUGCAAGAAAUUCAUGAGCAAUCCACUCGAAAUUUACAUUAACGAUGGUUCCAAAUUAACUCUCCACGGUCUCCAACAAUACUACGUCGAAAUUAAAGAAGACCAAAAGAACAAGAAACUCAUUGAUCUUUUAGAUGCUCUUGACUUUAAUCAAGCCGUUAUCUUUGUUAAAUCAGUUCCACGUGCUGCUGCCCUCAACAAAAUCCUUCAAGACAUUGGUUUCCCAUCCAUUUGUAUUCAUAGAGAUCUCUCACAACCAGAACGUAUCGAACAAUACCGUAAAUUUAAAAACUUUGAAUCACGUAUUAUGGUAGCCACCAACAUUUUUGGUCGUGGUAUCGAUAUUGAACGUGUUAAUGUCGUUAUUAACUACGAUAUGGCUGAAUCAGCUGAUACUUAUCUUCACAGAGUCGGUCGUGCUGGUCGUUUCGGUACUAAAGGUUUAGCAAUUUCAUUUGUUCCAUCCAAAGAUGAUGAAGUUCUCACUCAAGUUCAAUCAAGAUUUGUUGUUCAAAUUAAAGAUUUACCAGCCACAAUCGAAAGCUCAUCAUAUAUGAGUGGCUAG